AUGUGGGCAGCACCAACUGUGCAUAGAAAAAGAAUAAUAAAAUCAGAGUGUGCUGAUUUUUCCACUGGUUUAAAUGAAUGUCUUAAAAGGUACCUCUAUCCGCAACCUUCUCCGGAGGGUAUUUUUGCGAAAUUAAACAGUGGCAAGAUAUUUUCUAAAUUGGAUCUCCCUGGCGCAUACCUACAGAUUAAAGUAGAGGAUGAAUGCUCUAAAUACUUAACAAUUAACACACAUAACAGGUUACCAUUUGGCAAAAAAGUCGCAGCUGCGAUUUUUCAACAGAUUAUGGAUGCAAUGUUAGUGGACUGUGAAUUCGCAAUUCCAUAUCUGGACGAUAUACUCUUUAAAUGCGGAUCCAGGGAUUAA